GACGCACGCAGUGCUACAGUGUAACAUUACGGAAGCGCUUGAACUGAUCAAAACUGAUUGUUGUGCUGUAGUAAUAACACAAGCGGACACAAUGAAACUCUUCUGCUCUACAGGCGAACACAUCAAAGAAUGAAAUGAAGUGUUUAUUGGUGGCCAAUGAGAAUGCAGAGGUUCUGUUCUACUGGACCGACUCGGAGUUCGAGCAGCGUAUUCAGGAGCAAUAUGGAGUUUUCCAUGAGGAAGGAGAACGGCCUGCAUUUGAAGACAGCAUUAACACCCUCUUCGCACCCAUCAUCAUCUCUUGUAGCACCAUGGUGGACAGACUUGGGGACGGCUACACAUCCUUCACCACAGAAAACAAUCAUAAAUAUGUUCUGCAUCAGUUUGAUGAAUGCCUGUACAUCGCUGUAAACCGAGAUGGAGAUGAAACGGAGGAGGAUUUGAAGAGAAAGAUCUAUGUGAUGAGGAAACACAUAGAAAUCAUGUUUGGGAUGGUCACACUCAGCAGCGCCCUCUUGAGGAAAGCAUUGCGCCCACAAGAUACUGAGCAAAGAAAGCAUCUUUGGCAGAAACUACAAAGCGUUUUGGAAACAUCCAGUCGCUUACGAGAGCAGGACCAAAGCUUUUUAGUAGAGGCCGUGGAGAGGUUGAUCCACCCGACCCUGUGUGAACAGUGUAUUGUGUUUUUGGAGCGUCAUUUGGUGCAGCAGAUUAACAGCAGUGUGGAGAGAGCUGGAGAGGAAGUCCUGCAUGCUUUUAUACUGGUGCACACCAAACUGCUGGCUUUCUAUUCCAGUCGAAAUGCCAGCACCCUGACCACCUCUGAUCUUCUGGCUCUCAUCAUCCUGGUGCAAGAUCUCUACCCCAGCAAAAUGAACCUGGAUGAUUCAUCUCCUGAGGAGAUGGAGAAGACUUCAGUUGCAGAUGUGUUCUACACACCAGAGUCUUCUCCUCCUGACAGGGAGUCAGCCCAAUCAAGAGGCGAGAGUCCUCCUGUCUUCCAGUUUGUUGAUCCUGAUAUUCAGAUGGCAGAGGACAGCCUUAAAACUCUUGAAGUUCCCACUCCUGACCCUUCAGCUCCGUUCAGAGUUUUUCUGGAAACCACACUUAAGAACGAAGGCUUGUUUCCCAUGAUGCCUCACUCCAUGUAUUGUUUUCCUCUCUGGCCGGGAAUCACACUAGUGCUCCUUACCAAGAUCCCGAACACUCACAUAGCGAUGAGUAUUUACAUCUAUCUGGAAGCAUUUGUGAAGCUGGAGAAGAGGUUAUGUGAAGGUCAUGGAGCCACCUUGCGGGGUCAGCCAUCAUUUCAGGAGCACCGGAGCAAACUGGACCGGUUCAUCAAAACUUUAGCCAGCAUGGACAUCCAGACUGGUCAACUUCAAAAUGUGUGGGCAGACUUUAAGAACAAAGCUUUUACUCGGUCUGGACCUGGAUUCACAAGCGAAUUGCUGCCCGCUUGUAGAAACAUGAAGACUCAGUUGUGUGGCGUGUACAGACAGUGUUUUGCAGCCGAGUGCAUGAGCGGCUCUCAGCGUUUGGCUCCACGUCUGCAAGAACGAGUCUUAAACAUGGCCCAAGAGAAGUUGAUGGACUUCAAGGAUUUUUUGCUGGUGAAAAGCAAAAGAAACAUCACAAUGGUGUCAUACCUGGAAGAGUUUCCUGGUCUCAUUCACUUCAUCUAUGUGGAUCGUUCAGGGGGUCAUAUGAUCGCACCCUCCUUAAAUGUGACUGAUCGCACUGUCUCUGAGCUUGGAAAGGGUCCAUUAGCUCACUUCAUAAAGAACAAGGUUUGGGGUCUUGUCGGGACGGCUCGGCGGUAUCUGCAGAAAGGUUACACCACUGUCACGUACAGAGAUGGAGAUUAUUUCUGCUCUUAUUUCCUGUGGUUUGAAAAUGAAUCGGGUUAUAAACUAGAAGUAAUAGACAUACCGAGCCUCCCAGAUGAUUCUGCCCCGAUCGGCAUGCUCGCCUGGGAUUAUUACAGGAAACUGCUGCGAUAUUACAACAGAAGUCAUCCGAGCGAGGUGGUGAAGUGUUAUGAACUGCUGACUGUUCAUCUUGGUGUAAUUCCCACUGAAUAUAUUCUGCAGCACUGCAGUCAGUUGGCCCGUAAGCUGUGGGAACCCACACGUAUUCCUCUACUGUGAAGAGCACUCGUGAGUCUUUCCUCAGUAAACAGUAAUACAGCAUAUGCGGCAUGUUUACUUAUUGUAUAUAUAUAGAUAAUCCAUACGUUUUCUGCACCUACUGCACAAGCACUUUUCAUUUCAGUGUGAUUAUUUGCAGAAAAAAAAAAUGUGCCAAGAAACAAAGCAUUGAUUUUCUUUUGCUUACAAUGAGCGGAGCAUAUCCAAGAAACGUUUAGAAAAAUAAUGCUUUGUUAGUAGAAGUAUAUUAAGGUGCUACAUGUAUAAAAUGCACUAAUGUUCCUGAUCAUUUUUGUAAAAGCCAAGACCAAAUAUUUUACAGAAACACUUCAAGAGUUCAUCUUGGAUCUGCUUAAUAACAGAACUAAAACAUGAAACUUUAAUGUGGAGUUGGAAAAAACACUCCAGUCUUUUAUAAGUAUUAAAGACAGUUUUUAAUAAGUUAUAUAGGAAUUUGUGUAAAGGUGCUGAUAAAUGUAGUUUUUGCUGUUGUGGUGGGGUAAAGAUGAGAUACACCAUGUAAACUAUUUUAUCUUACUAUUUUUAAAGAAAGUGUGAAGUAAAUAUUAAGGUAUAUUAUAACAGCACAAUUUUCUACUUCCAUAAUGUCAGAACUGCUGUAAAUCAUGAUCAUGACAUGAUAAAAUAUUCCUUAUCACUGUAUUAGUAUGUUAAAAUUAAAUAUUUAAGUAAAAAUUCAACUUUAUAAAUAAGUAUUUGUGCUUUCAGUGUCAUUAUUUUAGUGUUUAAAUCAAGAUAUAUCUGUCC